AUGAGCUCCUCUAAUGACAACUAUACAAUUCACAAGGUUUCUCUGAAGCGCACCCGUCAAGCGUGCGCUCCCUGUCGUCGCAAGAAGGCACGUUGCCCUGGUGAGAAGCCGGCGUGCUCGCUAUGCCAGCGAUUAGGACAGCACUGCGCGUACGGGUCUCAAGCUGCUGCAAAACAAGCGCGAGACAAUCGCGCAACCUCGACUCACAGCCAAGAUCUCAGUGCCGAGCCAGUCAAUGAGGUGCGUAAUGUGAACCGGGCCCAAAUGACACAUCUUUCGGCGUCUUGUAUACUCAAAUUGCAACUUCCCAUUGACACAUUGGUACGGUCAUUUUCUGAUAUUUCUCGCCUUCAGACAGGAAACUUUGAUGCUUCGAACUCGCGGCGACUGCAGCAGAUUGAACAACAACUCAAUGACAUCUCGGGUCUUCUCCGAGAUCGUCUUCCCCAGACUAAGCCGUCGACGGAGGCAUUGAGCGGGUAUUUGCCUGAAUGUACCGAUCAGUUCCAGCGAGAACACGAGGCUAUCCCAGCCACCGCUGAUCCUUCGACCGACGCCCAAAAUGCCUCUUCUUGCUCCCCUCUACCAUCCUCCUUCGUCCAAGCCGAAGUCGAAACCUACUUGAGCUAUUUCCAUGACCGACCAUACUGUGUAUUCGACAAGAGUUGGCUGUUGAAUAACGCAUACUACCUGCCUUCGGAUAUCGCAUACCCGUUAGUGGCCCUCACCUGUCGCCUUUCAAUCGAUUCACCUGGAUUGGUAGGCCGUGAAAGGUCGACGGGCAAAGAUGGAAAAACAGGACUCUCCUUUCUUCAAGGAACCUUUCUGAAUGCUCAAUUAGAUUUUGCUGAUGGGAAUGCACACCGUGGAUGUGCGUCCGUGGCCAUUGGCUUGCGAGUCAUCCAGUUUCUUGGACUCAAUCAGGACAGAAACCUCUCAGAAAUGAGCAGAUCCGAAGCUGAAGCAAGGCGGCGGAUAACAUGGGCUUUCUUCAUGCUCGAUCGGACCUACAACGCGUCGCGGAGUUAUUCAUUAUGUCUUUCUGACAAUCACUUCACCCUCCUCUUUCCGUCGUCGAGCAUGGGGAGCUCGACAGUCCGAGCAUCAUUACACAAAAGAUCGACCAAAGAAGGACAUAAGGUUGAUCAAGGCAUUAUGGCCUGCCUCGUUCAACUGUACGCCUUAUGGGGCAAGGCCACAGAAUGGGUCUUUGAGCCUUUCAUGACAAGCCCUCUACCUCCAUGGCAGACUGGAUCCGCCCUCUCAAUUUUGGAGUCCGAGUGGAUGCACUUUGAGACACAGUUCGCGGAUACACAUCGCUACAUGAAUGUCGAUUUCAAACGACGUGCUCGGGAAGAGCCACAGUCUCAUCCUUAUCUGUCGAGUUGGCUCUGCGUUCAAUUCCUCUUCCAUUCAAUACAGUGUCUUUUGCAUCACCCCUUUGUUACGAUGAUCAAACUCCGUCACAUGAAAGGAAAUUUCUCCGCAACCUUCUUGCAAAAGUCAUUCGAGACUUCUUUGAUUCACUCUCGGUGGAUUGCGCGGUUUAUUAAAGAAAUGGCCGAGGUUGAUAUGCGACUUUGUGACCCUUUCUUUGGCUAUUUGGCUGCGAUAGCUGCUACGAUCCAGCUUGAGCAUACCGAGAACAAGAAUCCAAGAAUCGCUUUGCUCCUGAACGAGGAAUAUCGUAUACUUGUUGGUUUUAUGACUGAGCUCUCUUCUCACUGGGAGAGCAUGAGAAUACUGGUUAAUAGGGUGAAUGAACUAGCUGCACGGCAUCAAAACUAUGGGUCGUUGUUCUAUAAUCAGGACGGAUUCUCCGGAGCCUUGUCUACUAUGCCAACCCCGUCAAACCUACCGAGGAUGUCCAGCGAGGAUGAGUCUCUGAUGUGGGAUAUUCUAGAUCUCACCUCAUCAAGCUUCACACAGCCAGCAAGUACUGCACGCUUGGCUCCUGGCAAUGAAGAACCGAUCACAAAUGAGCCCGAUUCCCCGGGACAGGAUUCAGACGACGAAAUACCCACGAAAGUCCAGGGACAAGGCUCAGAUACUCCCAAUUUUCUUGUUCAGAGUCAUCAUACUCUCAUAGGAGAAGCAUCUCACCCGGUAGAGGAGCCGUCAUCAGAUUGGCCAUUUUCACAGCGCGUCAGCAAUAACACUCUGGCAGCCGUUCCUGAUAUACCUGAUUGGAUGAUCUUUGGAGACUUCACUGAGCAUCUGUGA